CGGGGCUUCGGUUACAUCCGGAAGACCCGGUUGAGCUCCGCCGGCUGCGAGGAUGGCGGGGCGGGGGAAGCUCAUCGCGGUGAUCGGAGACGAGGACACGGUGACCGGCUUCCUGUUGGGUGGCAUAGGGGAGCUUAACAAGAACCGCCAUCCGAAUUUCCUGGUGGUGGAAAAGGAUACAACCAUCAAUGAGAUCGAAGACACUUUCCGGCAGUUUCUAAACCGAGACGAUAUCGGCAUCAUCCUCAUCAACCAGUACAUCGCUGAGAUGGUGCGGCAUGCCCUGGACGCGCACCAGCGCUCUAUCCCGGCUGUCCUGGAGAUCCCAUCCAAGGAGCACCCCUAUGACGCCGCCAAGGACUCCAUCCUGCGCAGAGCCAAGGGCAUGUUCACGGCUGAAGACCUGCGCUAGGGGCGCCCCCCAGCCUUCCAGCCCUGCCCCCAGGUCUAGGCCUCUCCUCAGUCUUGCCAUCGCCCUUCGGUGCGUUUGGAGCCUCUGAUUUCCAACUCCCUGCCCAUUCCCACUCCAGAGAGGCUGGAUGAAGUACUCACAGGUUGCUGGGAUUGUGGCACUAAAAUCAAGGCUGGCAAGGGAGUGGGAAGCCUGACCAUAUUCUCUCCCCCUCUACUACCUCUUCCCUGUGCUGUUAUGCAGUGUCACUGUUGAUGUUAAAUUAAAGUAAUAUUCUUGCUUCUCUCUAA